AUGGAUCUAUUCAAAUCUAUCCAUCCAUCCAACAAUCCAUCGAAUCUAUCCAUCUAUCUCCGUCUAUUCAUAUCCAUCCAUCCAUAUCAUCUAUCUAUCUAUCUAUCUAUCAUCCAUCACUUUGCCCGUCUAUUCAUAUCUAUCUAUCUAUCUAUCUAUCUAUAUAUCUAUCUAUUCUAUCUAUCUAUUCAUCUAUCUAAUAUCUAUCACAUGUAUCUAUCUAUCUAUCAUUAUCUAUCUAUCUAUCUAUCUAUUCAUCUAUCUAUAUCAACUCAUCUAUCUAUCUAUAUCUAUCUAUCUAUCUCUUUCUAUUACAUCUAUCUAUCUAUCUAUCUAUCUAUCUAUCUUCUAUUUAUAUAUAUCUAUAUUUUCUAUCUAUCUAUCUAUCAUCUAUCUAUCUAUCUAUCUACAAAAUGUUUGUUAUCUAUCUAUCUAUCUAUUCAUCUAUCUAUCUCCGUCUAUUCAUAUCUAUCUAUCUAUCUAUCUAUCUAUCUAUCUAUCUAUCUAUCUAAUCCUGUUCGUUAUCUAUCUAUCGAUCUAUCUCCUUAUUCUGUUCGUUAUCUAUCACAUUCUGUUCGUUAUUUUUUAUAUCUAUCUCAUUCUGUUAUCUAUCUAUCUAUCUAUCUAUCUAUCUAUCUAUCUAUCUCUGCUUAUGUAUCUAUCUAUCUAUCUAUCUAUCUAUCUAUCUAUCUGUCUUUUCCAGAACAGGAACUAUGA